AUAAUCUCACGUACUUAUACUUAUUUAUAGUAUUUUAAAUGACAGUAUCGCCGAAAAAGCAUUUCUCAAAUGUUGCUUCCUCAACCGCUAACAGAGGAGUCGAAGCUAAGGAAGUAGAAAUAUGAGUGGACGUGGUGUCCCGGGCAAUGCGCCGGGCGGCGGGCAACACGGCGUCCCGCGCGCCUCCUCGCCCUCUCCGCCGCGUACUCCGCGAUCACUGCCCUCCCCGCCCUCGCGCGACGAUGCCGCCUCCUACAUACAAGUGCUGGUGCAGAAGCAGCGCCGCCGACAGGAGGAGCGUUUGCCGCGGCCUCGCACUCCCACACGCCGUGCCGCCGCCGCACUCACCUACUCAUCCUCCCCGCCCUCACCAGUACUCGUUAAGGAGAAGGAAAUUUCAAUGUCGUGCGCGCGGUGCGCCGCGCUGUGUGCGUGCGUGACGCGCGGCUCCUGGCCCGAGACACUCCUGACCUGUCCGGCUGUAGCGGCCAUGCAUCGCUCGUGCGAGGCGGGACGUGCCGACCACGCGGGGCACGCCGAGCACGUGGCGCGCGCCGAGCACGUGGCGCGCGCCGAGCACGUGGCGCGCGCCGAGCACGCCAGGCACGAGGCGCGCGGGCCGAGCGCCGGCUGCGAGGGUGACGCACCGCUACCCCCCCUUGUCGGUACCAUUAGUAAUUUUACAGGAGGCGAUUAG